AUGUCUGUUACCGUUAUACCAUCAAAGCCAGUGCCCGCCGAGUUAUCGGGGACUUUCAGAUUCAUAGUUAAUCUGACGGAUGCUGUAUUUCAUGGCAUUCACCAUGGUAAAAAAAAACACGAAGACGACUUUGAAGCAAUGCUGGAUAGGUCACGGCUAGCUGGUGUUCAAUCUAUGGUAAUCACAGGCGGAAGCCUUCGAGAAUCAGAAACUGCGCUGUCUCUUGCUGCUCAACUUGGCUUUUUUGCAACAGUGGGAUGUCAUCCAACCCGUUCAAAAGAAUUUGACGAGUACCCAGGCGGUCCAGAGGCCUACCUUCAGGCGCUGGAUAGCCUAAUAAGUGCAAAUCUCCACGGUAAAGGCAGAGUUGUUGCUAUUGGCGAGUGUGGCUUGGAUUACGAUCGCACGCAUUUUGCACCGGAAGACGUACAGCGAAGACACUUCCGCUCACAGCUAUUUCUUGCCAAGAAGUACAAGUUACCGCUGUUCCUUCACUCCCGUGCAGCCCACGAAGACUUUGUGAAUAUCCUUCGUGAGGAAGGUUUCGGAGAGGAUGGAGAGAGAAAGGGAGUUGUUCACAGUUUCACAGGUUCGGUUGAAGAGGUCAUCGAGCUCAUGGACAUGGGCUUCCACAUAAGUGUCAACGGGUGCUCCCUCAAAACAGAGAAAAACCUGCUAGCUGCAAAGGCAAUUCGACCGGACAAGCUUUUACUCGAAACAGAUGCUCCUUGGUGCUCCAUGACUUCAACACAUGCGUCAAAUACCUUGCUAGAGACGCUUCCGGUGUCAUUAAAGUCAAAGUAUUUCCCUUCCAGCACUAAAUUACCGUCGUUCAUGAUGGGCAAGCCAGUGAAAGGGAGAAACGAACCCAGUGCGAUUGGAGGUGUUGCAUGGGUCAUACACAGGCUCAAUGAAGGAGUCCCGUUCGAGAAGGUGACAGAAAAGGUGUACAAGAAUACCAUUGAGCUAUUUGGCCUAGAUCAUGAUGAGCUUCGGGUAUAA